ACGCCGCAGCAUUGCUCAGUGUGGGAGCAACAGCAGCAUCCUCAUUUACUGUAGAACAUAAGGUAAGUUUUAGAAUUGGGAGGGAGAGUGGAAAUUCUUUACUGUCAUAGACAGACGCUGAAGUUGUUUGGAUGUGUUCUUCAGCUUUUUGUAGCUUUAAAAAUGUAUAUUUUGGAGAAGGAUAGAAACAGCUUUUAUUUUCCCUUGUUUUGCUGUUGGCACUGGCUCUGUAACUUUAAUUUCCUGAUAAUAGGAUUGACAAAGUUAUCUUUUUUUGUAAAUGUGCCAAUUUAAGAUAGCACUUUUCCGAUUCCUAUUAAACUCUAAAUGAACUCAUUCUUCUGUACAUACAUCAGUAGUUUUUCGAAUUGUAUUUGACGAGUAAUACUUAUUGCUUUUGUCAAUAUAUUAGGAAACACUGCGCCGUUAGUCGCUGCAAAUGGCCACCGUUGCAGUAUCAGAGACUCGAAAUACAUACGUAUAGUUGUGAUCUUGGUCAAAGUGGUUUUCCAGAUUUCCCCGACAGACUCCUGGAGUUCUUUCAACGCAGCUCGCAGUGACUCCUGCACCGUCUGUUCUUUAGUGAAGAUCGACUCUCCUGCUGCGUCAGACUGACUCUGUGGCUCCAUCAUGUGGAAAUUCUUGACAACAAAUCAUUUGGUUAGCACAAAAAGGUUUGUUUUAAAGUCUAAAAAAAGCAACUUCAAUCAUAUAUUUCAGCUUUAUUUAUUUUUAUUCAAGCCCCUAGCCUUUAUUACUUCAUUUUUUCCUCCUUGAAAUAUAGUUUUCCUCAUGAGAAAUCACUUUUUGUUAAAAUAAAUCACGAUACAGUGUAUAGUAUUUCCUCUAUGUAGCGUAACUAUCUGUUUAAUGGUGAGUUUCUGUUUGCCAAGUCCCAGGUUCUCAUGCAGCCCACUGGCUAAAUGAACUUCCCUUUGGCGAUGCAUGUGAGCAACGAAAGCUGACUGCAGAUCACUACCUUUAAGAAGCAGACGUCAUCCUGCAUCCCCGCCAGUCGGUUCAGCUCCUCGUUCUUCCAGCGGAGCUGCACCACCUUCUGCUGCAGUCUGUGGAUCUGACUCUCAAUCUGGCUUCCAAAAGCCACCUCAUGGCUGUUGAGCAGUUCGUUCACCUUGGCCCCGAGGUCAUCCAUGUUGUUUGUAAGAUCAGUGAAUAGGUCGUGCUUCUCUCUCUGCAGGCCUUGAAAUGAAGCCUUUUCAAGAACAAAUCAAGAUGAGUUCCACAGCAUCACAAGCUUCUGAAAAGUCGAGAAGAGUCUUUCACCUGGUACUGUCGAGCAACAUGUGGCAGCUCUGCAAGUUCCCUCUCAGUCUCCUGGGCUUUCCUCUGAGCCUCCAUCAAAGUUUGCAAAAGUUCUUUCUGAAAAUGUGGAUGAACACAUAGGAAAUUGUGUUUUUGGACUGUCUUUAGAAAUGAGAGGCAAGUACCAGUUUAAGAUUUAAAGAUUUAAACAGACUUUUUAAGGUCACCACCAUGGCCAAAUGGCCGCCACUCCACAAGCAAAGAGCAUGUUUGUCAGAAGGCGUACCUGUUUCUCUUUCCUCUCGUCCUCAGGCGUAAGCACACUGUGGCCCUGGUGCCCAUCUUGGCGACAUUCCUCACACACACACUCUCUGUCAUCCCGGCAGAACAAAUCCAGGGGUCGGUCGUGUUUCGGGCACGGUCUGGGGGCCACCGACGGAAGCUGCGGGUACACACUUCCCUGUUGUGUACCUGGCAACACCUCCAGGACGGUGCUCUUAGCCAGCGACGGCCGGGGGUUAAACACCUGUCGGCACUGCGGGCAGCUACACUGGCCUUCACCUCCUCCAUUGUCCCAGUGGUGCUGGAUACAAGCGAGGCAGUACGAGUGUCCACAUGGUAGAGUCGCAGGGUCCUUCAUCGUCUCCAGACACACCGAGCAGACAAAGGUCUCCUCUUCUGACCAGGCUGACGCCAUGACGCUGCUGCAAACAAGGCCGAGGAGCUCAAACACAAAUCUCAGUCUGAUAAGGAAGGACAGAGAGGCUUGUUCAGAUUUGAAAUGCCAAACUACUUGAAUCACAUGCUGCUAAAACUGGAAUGGUUGCGGGUGCGGCCGGUCAAACAGGUUGCUGGGAGUUUCUCCCUUAUGACAUCAGGGGGAAAAAGAUAUUAAAACAACACUCACUUAAAGUUCUCUUAAAAUGCAAGUAAGCACGAGAAAACGGAGAGGCUUUUUUACGGUUUAAAUCAGGUCACAUUCACUUUGUUUUGAAACCUCAGUGUCCCAGGAAGAAAAACUCGUUUUUCUGACAGACAAGAAACGGCACUCUCUUUUUCAGGCCUUGCGGACAGAGCUUGGCAACGUUCCAUACUAGAUGUGUCGACACUAGUCAGACCUGAUAUUCGGUAUAUUUACAGAGAUUUUAAAAGUUGACAUCAUGCAUAUCUUGCUAAGCUGAAACCAUACUAAUCCAAAGUGAACGUAUUGCUCAGGUGGCGAGCCUGUACGUUUUAAAUACUUAUAAGGCAGGACUGAGGCGAGCUUGUUUUUAUAAACGGAACUGCCGCUGAUGACGUAGCGCACUAUUUUGACUACAGCCCUGGAAGUGUCCUGCUGCUCCUAGCCGGCUAGCUGUGCGGCAGGCUAACUGCUUCAAAAUGAUGUUUGGGUGUCAUCGGAUUCAGUGGUGUUACACAAGGCAGCUGCUGCUUCCAACAGGAUGUUUAAAAGACUCGAAGCACCGGACACAUUUGGGAAUCAAAGAUGGGACAGCGACGAUGUCGUCUUUGCGAGAAGCAUCCAGCGACUUCUCACCGGAAGAAAGUGCGUACCAAGACAAGACAGCAAAGCCGACACUGGUGUCUAGUUUUUGGAAAAGCACAUUUGCCGAAAAUGUCAACCAAGUGAAGCCUUAUCGGAGCCGUGUAUCCAAUGUGAAGUGCCUGCAGCCUCCCAAACCCGAUUUGGAUGGAUGUAAACAAUUGUGUGGUUUAGUUAACAAAGCUGGGUGGAUGUGUUUUAAUGUCCCACCAAACUGUUGCACAACUUUUCAGCAAGCCAGAUGUGUUCAUCAGGCCGCCCCUCAUCUGAACAAUACGUGGAGCGACACUCUCUCUCUGGAGAAUGAAAACAGGUGUAGACUGUUGCUGGAGCCCAACCUCAAACUGUAUGAGAAAAGCAGUCAGGGGAAACUGGCCUCCAUACUGGUCACUCUCUGCUGUGUUGGGGGGGAGCCAGCCUUUCUCUUCACCCUCAGAUCCAGCCAGCUGAAGGGCCGGCACAAGGGCGACGUCAGUUUUGCGGGAGGAAAGUCGGACCCUGCUGACAAAGAUGUUGUGGCCACUGCAGUGAGGGAGGCUAGGGAGGAGAUUGGUGUCACUGUUACGACUGAUCAGGUUUGGGGCGUCCUGAAGCCCCUUACAGACAAGGCGGGGACAAAGGUUGCUCCUGUCCUCGCGUACAUUGGUCCUAUUGAGAAGUUGUGCUUCAAGCCAAACCCAGGGGAGGUAGAGGAGAUCUUCACUUUGUCCCUGUCCCACCUGUGCCACCCUCGGAACCGUGGUUACACACACUUCCGCAUGGGUGACAAGUACAGCCACACACUCCCAGUGUUUCGCAAUGGAAAGCACAAAGUUUGGGGCCUUACAGCAGUCGCUCUGAGCCAGACAUUGAAAAUGAUCACCCCUUCGUAGCAACAAGGUCAAGUUACACACACGACUUGCUCAUAUUUGAUUUCAUUUAAAAGCUUGACUAUUUAUUCAUCUGCGGUUAAUUAUUCUUUAUUCCCUAUUAUGUGAACUUUAUUUUUAAAAAGCGUGAUGAUGGAUAUUUAUACAAUCAUUUUCUCAGACUGUCAACCAUCCAUGCUGGUGUGAUGACUGAUGUCAGCGUUGAUUUACUGAAUGUUUAUAUGUAUGAAGGAGAUGAUUUGCUGAACAAAGUAUCAUUGUCCAUUAAAAUUGAAAAUUAUUUAUCAGUUAAUACUGUGGACUAUUCAUGCUUCAUGAAAGGGUCGUUUUUUGGAAACACAAAAUAAUGUUGUAGAAGUGCAUUCUAUUUACAAAUAUUUUG